AUGCUGAAUCUCCAGCUAGAGUAUCCCCAGCAGCUAGCUGUCCAGCUUCUUUUUGAAGAUGUCCAGAAAGAAGACUGCCACCAUCAAUCUAGGCAGAAUAUCUUGCCUGGUUCUUUAUGCUCUUCUGACAUUGUAGCUCCCAUCUUGACAAUUGGCACUUCCCCAACCAUUGAUGCUAAUUCCCUCAGGUAUUCCUCAGGGGGUAUAGUUGCUAAUCUGGGAAUCAGAAGUCCAGAAGAUUCCACUUUUGUCCAUGCUACUGAAGUCUUUCGUCCACUAGAUCUGAAGACUGCUAACUCUCAGGUGUCUAUUCCAAGGAUAGUAAGAGCUAUUUCUACAGACGAAGCAGCACAGCAGAAAUCAAGCAUGAUGGUGACAGCUGGAAAUGAGUACAGUGGAGAAAAACAUCACACUGGGACAGGGACCGAUCCAAAUUGUCCCUAUGUUCAAGGCGAUCAGAAGUUUUAUGACACAGAAAUGAUUCUCACGACCACCUUCACUCUUCUUCUCUCCCUUUUGGGAUUUGUGGGAAAUGGAACGGUCAUCUGGCUUCUUGGCUUCCGCAUUAAGAGGAAUCAUUUCACCACCUACAUAUUGAACCUCUCCAUCGCUGAUCUGGGUGUGGUCACAGCUCUACUCGCUAUUAAUAUGUACUGGCUUGUUGCUCGGCUGUCUUCUCUCCAGUAUGUUGAUCCAUUGAAGACAGUCUUUCGUACCUUCUUCCUAGUUACAUACAGCACAAGUCAAUUUCUAUUGACAGUCAUCAGCCUUGAUAGGUGUGCGUCUAUCUUCCUCCCACUUUGGUAUCGAUUCCACCAGCCAAGACACUUGUCCACCAUCGCAUGUGCUGUAAUCUGGAUCUUCACUUUCCCACUUUUUCCUGCUCACAUCAGUCUCUAUCUGUCUUUUAACUAUUGUGGCCUAUGGUUUUCCCAGUUUCUGCUGAAUGCUGUGGUUUCCACUCCAGCUAUAUCUAUAUCUACUGUUGCCAUGUUAAUUAAAGUUUGCUUAAUAUCUCCACAGCAUAAACGGGGGAAGCUUUUAACUGCCAUGUUGCUUGCUCUCAUUUUCUUCCUCCUCUUUGCUUUUCCAAUGAAUGUAAUUCAAUAUAUCUCCCGCUAUGUUGAUUUAAAACACCCCUACCUUUAUGAAUAUGGCUACAUAUGUGCAUCUUUCAACAGCACCAUUAAUCCAUUUAUCUAUUUUCUAGUAGGGAGAGAAAGAAGUGGUCAAUGGAGGCAGAGGAUACAGCUAAUAUUAGAGAAAGUUUUCAAGGAGGAAGAAGACAGUAGAGAAACUGGAACUUCAAAUUCAAAUACAGUGGAGAUGGUACCAUAA